CCUGAGAUGAGGCAUAGCUGCUGACACUCCUUUACUGGUGGCAUGCAGCUGGUGUCACGGAACAAGCAGGAAACCUCACUGUUCCCCUAUAAAACCAGGGGCUUGUCCCGGUGGUCAGUAUCAGAGGUUAGAGGUCCCUGCUCUGCUCCUACAGUUCAUCCCUCACCUGACAGCAACAUGAAGGCCACCGUGGCUGCCCUCGCCGUUCUCCUCGUCGCAGCCUUCUGCUCCCUGGCCUCCUCUGCCCCACUCGGUUCCGACACGACCGUGUGCUGCUUCAGCUACGCCACCCGGAAGCUGCCCCAGAACCACCUGAAGGAAUAUUUCUACACCAGUGGAAAGUGCUCUCAGCCAGCUGUAGUAUUUGUCACCAGAAAGAACCAACAGGUCUGCGCCAAUCCAGACACCAAAUGGGUCAAGGACUACGUGAAUUUCCUAGAAAUGAAAUGAGACGGCUGGGAGCUGAUGGAGACCCUGCGCACCUCCCUUUGCAGUGCUAGUGUCAGUGGCUAUUGUGCUGUCCAUGGAACGCCACCUCUCAGCCCCGAGCAAAGGGCAUCGCUGUGCUUUAAGGGCUCCCUGGCACUUUAAAGACAUUUGAAGCUAUUUUAUUUGUAUUGUAAAAGGAUCAGUUCUGUUCUAGAGUAUCCACCUUUAUGGUACAAACCAGGCCCUGAACACUUGUGGGCAUUAAAAAUCCUAUAGCCUUUGAAGGCAGCACCCUAUGAGGCAGUGUUGCCUAGUAGCUAGAUCACUGGACUGGGACUCGGGAGACCUGGGCUCUAUGGGCAAGUCACUUCCCUGCUUGGUACCUCAGUUUUCCCACCUGUAAAAUAGGGAUAAUGAUUCAUAUCUCUUUGAUAAAGAGCUUUCAGAUCUACUACAGUGCUAUAUAGAAGUUAGAUGUCAUUCUUCAUCUCCUGGCUAAAUUCCAGUUCAGUUAAUUCAGUUUCACAUCCCUAACUUCCUCCUGUGGUUUCAACUAGUUUCAACUCCUGG